CUAGUACAUACAGAUCCACUGUUGAUCUAAGCGUAAACUUAUCCUACCCUGCCCUACCUUGAGGGCACUUAGUGAACUUUCAGCCCUUACACAAGCAACAACAUAUGAAAGAAAAAGUAAACAUUGCAAAUCUUUCAUACGUGUUUAUACGUCCAGGAGGAAAACAGUCAAUCUACACUGACUGCGCGCGUGACCGAUGCAGCAUUGACUACGUGUGAGUUUGGCUUUGUGAAUCGGUUUGCUUUCCUAGAUGCUGUUAACAUUUACAUGGACCAAAAGCCACCAUCGCUGAAACUCCGGCAUCUUACAUGAGGAUUUACACGCUGAGCUGAUGAUGGCGGACAUUAGGACUUAUAAUGUUGUUGUUUUGGGAAUAGGAUUUUUGCUCAUCUUUACAGCCUUCACCACCUGUGGGAAUAUCGAACAAACAGUGGUGAAAAGCUUGAACAGCACUAACUUCACUGGGAGUGGGUAUCACAGCCUUGGAAUAAUAUAUGGAGUCUUUUCCUUCUGUAAUAUACUAGCCCCCACUAUCGUUGCUGUAAUUGGAGCAAGGUUUACGAUGUUCUUGAGUGGCAUUCUUUAUAGUGGUUAUAUAGCUGUAUUCAUCAUUCCAUCCACAUGGUCCUUUUAUUUCACAUCAGUGGUCAUUGGCUUUGGGGCAGCCAUGCUUUGGACGGCUCAAGGACACUUUCUAGUGGAGAACUCAGAUGCUUCCACCAUCAACAGGAACACAGGAGUGUUUUGGGCGUUACUGCAGUGCAGUAUGUUGUUUGGCAAUCUGUACGUUUAUUUUGAUUGGAAAGGAAAAACUGAAAUAUCAGAUAGAGAAAGAAAGAUUAUGUUCACCGCUCUGCUGGUGAUCUCGGUACUCGGGACACUGAGUUUUCUUGCCUUGAGGAAGGUCCGUCAGCUGGAGGAGGCUCUGUCUGAAGAAGAAGGCCAGUCUCUGUUAUCAGCCAGAUUCAUAUAUAAACAAAAAGCAGCCUCUGCUGUGACAGAAGCUAAAACAGAGUUAAAGACGAUUGUGGAAAUCUUUAAAUCCAAAACCAUACUGUUGUUAAGUUUCUGCAUGGCGUACAGUGGUUUGGAGCUGUCGUUUUACAGUGGUGUUUAUGGGACUUGCAUUGGGGCCACAGAAUACUUUGGCAAUUCAGCAAAAGGCUUAAUCGGCAUCUCAGGCAUUGUGGUUGGAAUCGGAGAAAUCGUUGGAGGUGGAUUGUUUGGCCUGGUGUUGAAGAAUAAUCGUUUCAGACGCACAUCGGUAGUCUUCUUAGGGAUGGUUGUCCACUUUGUGGCCUUCUAUCUGAUAUUCCUCAACAUACCUGAUGAUGCUCCUGUGGUUCUACAAACAAGCUCACAGCAUAAUCCAUAUCUGGCACCAAGUGUGUCGAUCGCUCUGCUGUGCAGCUUCUUGUUGGGUCUUGGCGACAGCUGUUUCAACACUCAGCUCUACAGUAUUCUGGGCCGGGCGUAUGCUGAGCAGAGCGCACCUGCCUUUGCCAUAUUUAAAUUCAUACAGUCUGUUUCUGCAGCUGUGGCCUUCUUCUACAGCGGCUACGUUCUGCUGACCUGGCAGCUCCUCGUGAUGGUCAUCAUGGGCUUCAUAGGGACGCUGUGUUUCUUCAUGGUGGAGAGGAUGCAGAACAUGUCCGCUGACGCACAGGAAUAUUAAACUGAGGUCUUGCUCAGGACACACAUUUCAGUAAGCGGUGACACUUGCACUAUUUGUAUGUUGUAAUUAAGAUGAAAUUGUUAGGAUAAAACACUAGUGAUUCAUGAGGUGCCUUUUUUGAAAUCUGGACUUUAAAAUACAGGAUUUCUGGGGGUUUUCUCUAUUUACAUGCUUUGAUAGAUUAUUGAUAAUUGGGAAUGCAUUGUGGUGAUAUUGUGUUGACAAAUAUACUAUAGAGGUGCAUGAUAUUUAUCAUACAGUAUGUGAUAAUAUCAUAAUUGGGGUUUUAGCAAUUUGCUAGCUGACAUUAUUGGGAAUUUCAUACUAUUUGCAAAACAAACAAGAACACAUCUUGAGAGUUAGAAAUCUUAGGAAACUUGAAAUGAUAGUUAACGACCCUAUAAUUUAAUAUAUGAAAGCAAAAAAAGUUGUUCUUUUUCUCAUUUUGUUUAAUAAGUAAAGGCUGAUUUAUACUUCUGCAUCAAGCCGCGGUCGCAUAGCCUUCACCGUGGCUGACGCCGAUGUUGACUCUCACCUCUCAAAAAAUGUAACUACAACAUUGCAACGACGUAUAGCACAAGCUCUGGCAGUUUCUCAAUUCCAAGAACGCAGAGAACGGACUUGCAGUCUUGUGGAGAGCGGUCUUGCCAAGUGUCCUCGAAAGAACGAACUCGGGAGACCGCGAGGGCAGAGAACCCGUCCCCUGACAUGACCUUCACACCCUUUUAAUGGAAAAUUAUUUAAACAUUACAGCAUUCAUACAACAAUUUAUUGUUUUUCCCCUUUUCAAUAUAUAUACUAUGCAUAAAAACAUUAUAAAUAGACGUUGCACAAUAUAA